ACUGAAUUUUGUAAGAAAGGAUGAAGGUUUCGAGGCCUCUGUCUACGAGGAAAGUUGUAGUGCACUAUUAUUUGUUUGAGUACUUUCAAGAGGACUUAGUUGUUGUUCUUACGAAUUCGGUUCCUGAUUCAAAGAGUGUCACGGGUACCUUUUCCAGUUUCAAUGAUGAAGAAAUUCCCGAAGCAAAGGAUGUCGUGAAAGUUGAUGUAGUGGGAGGGUUUGCCUUGCAAAAGUGUACAUCUGAAAGAAGUUACUUUCGUUCCUAGGAAUUUUAGAUUAUUGGAAGAGCUUGAGCGAGGGGAGAAGGGAAUUGGAGAUGGGACUGUUAGCUAUGGAAUGGAUGAUGCUGAUGACAUAUUCAUGCAGUCAUGGACUGGUACUAUUAUUGGCCCCCCUGGUACUGUUCAUGAAGGUCGUAUCUACCAGUUGAAGUUAUUCUGCGGCAAGGAUUAUCCAGACAAUCCACCAUCUGUUAGAUUUCAGACAAGGAUUAACAUGACUUGCGUCAAUCAAGAAUCUGGAGCGGUUGAGCCAAAUUUGUUUCCCAUGCUUGCUAAAUGGAAAAGAGAGUCUACAAUGGAAGAUAUUUUACUGCAAUUGAAGAAAGAAAUGACGACUCCACAAAAUCGGAAGCUAGCUCAGCCUCCUGAAGGUGUGCCACUCUUAUUUCUGACUGUUACUACUUGCAAGCCUUUUUAUAGCCUUUAUCUCCAUUAUUGCAAUUUCUAUAGGCACAAGUUUGGUUAAUUUUGUUUUCUUCCU